AUGAGGCUAUCUCUCUCCCGUUCUCUUCUUCUCUUUGCUGCCUUUUUAUCCGUAUCGGCCCAUAGAAUCACCGUCAAGAAAAUCAAACAUGCUUCAUCCUUUCAGCCGCGCUCUCCCUCCAACUCCCCUUCAGAUCUUCAAAUUAACGUCGACCUGGCAGAGAGCAAUUCGUUUGACCUCAACUCUGUUCAUGACCUGAUCUACAUUGCCAAUAUUACUGUCGGAGGUGUUGAAUACCCUGUGCAGCUGGACACAGGUUCCUCGGAUUUGUUUAUCAAAGGACCUACACAUCCUAUACCCAACCUCAAACAAACGGAUAUUUCCCUGAACCUAUCCUAUGCUAUCGGAUGGGCAAACGGCAACAUUGCUUAUGCCCCUGUGGAAUUUGUGGGCAUAUCAGUGCCCUCGCAGGCCCUUGUCGACGCAGAUCAAGUUAACAACCCUGCUCUCGGUUAUGGAGCUCAAGGAAUUGCAGGACUUGGAUUUACUAGACUCUCCAACAUCGACAUGAAGAUUAACAACACUAAUUCUGCUCAAGGUCGAAGUCUUCUCUUCAAUCUCUUUGAGGCCAACCCUUCCGAACCAAACUUCAUUGCUUUUGCGCUGCAAAGAAGCACACAGCCUGGAGACGAUGUUGAAGGAAGCUUUUCAAUAGGUGAACUUGAUCCAUUGUAUUCUUCUGUGUCUGGGAACGAACGUAUCUCAACAUGGCCUGUACAUAACCCGUAUCGUUGGAAUGUACUCCUUGACGCUAUCAUCGUAAACGAGACUAUCACAGUACCCAGCACCAAGGUCAAUGGAGCGCCAAGUAACAAAGCAGUCGUUCUAAUGGAUAGCGGUUCUUCGUAUACGUAUGCACCAAAAGAAAUAUGUGAUGCAAUCUAUGGGAAUGUUGCCGGUGCUGCUUUUGAUCCAGCUAUUGGCUACUGGAGAGUACCGUGUUCUGCAGAGAUCAAUAUGGCUUUCCAAGUUGGGGGUCAAGUUUUCCCAAUACAUCCAUUGGACGUCAACCCUGCCAACGCAGUUGACCCCACUGUUUGCCUCGGUUCAUUCAUUCCUCAAUCAUUUGACAUUGGCAACGAUUUUGACUGGUUAGUCGGCGAUAACUUUUUGCGAUCCGUCUAUUCUGUCUAUGACUUUGGCGAUUUCGAUGCUUCCGGCAAUAUGGGCGACCCAUACAUGAAGUUUUUAUCAAUUGUUGACGCCGACGAAAGCUCUAUCGAAUUCCACAAAGAGCGCGGAGGUACUCCCAGGACAAAUAUUACCUUCGUAGGACUGGACGGCGCUUCAGUGGCACCAAGUUUUGCAAUCUCUAACGACAUCUCUGAAUCUCUCGAAUUGAUCGGCAAAUACAUACCUGCUAUGCUCGGCAUCGUCGCUCUUAAUGCCCUCAUCCUCAUCGUGUGUUGCGUCGUGUGGAUGAUUUCGUUUUGCCGCAAACGUAAAUUACGACAACCCGCUGUGACCGCUAGGACACCUCGAAGUCGCCAGAGCCCUAUACCCGGGUCGAUAAAUUCCACAAUGAGCUCUAUGCCUAUGAACCCCAGAAACACUUAUAUUGCAGGAUCCCCGCAGGCAAACCAUAGUUACCAGCCGGUAUCAAUGGCAUUGACUGAAGAUACCUUUGUCCCUCCUUCUCCUGCCUUCCAUAGCUUUGACCGGGAAGGUGGCAAGGGAAGCCCAGGCGACAGGCCUAAAUCUGUAGCAUAG